AUGGACCCUGUAGAAAUGACAGCACUGGAGAAAUUUGUUCGGCCUAUCUUGGGAAAACUGCGCCCUCUGCUUGAGCAAAGUUACGGAUAUUGGUACGGCGACGAUUGCGGAGACAAAUGCUUAAGGAUCGCUUACAUCCCGAGGGGUAUCGAGUCUGGGGAUAGGAAGGCUAUUAUUUGGUUCUUUCGCAAUAAUGUUGACGGGUAUUACGUCUGGCCGACGAGUCUGCGCUUGCUCGUAACCUGUGGCACAAACGAUCCCAACCAGUUCGUUCUGGACUCAGUAUACUAUGAAGGAAUCUCUCACCGCACAGCCGAGGAAGUGCUCGAUAUCUAUAUAACGACACGUCAGCAGGAAAUCCGUAAAUACCCUUUUCCUCCAGGAGGCGCCACUCACGGAUCACCGGAAGCACGUGACAAGAAAGAACCCCAGGGAAGCCCUAAAAGACCCCCAAUGCAGGUUGAGCCGGACGGCAGACGUUUCCAAGUCGACGGACAGCAUGUAAAGUACAUGGAUUGGGAGUUCAACUUCCGGCUGCGCACCGUGAAUGGGCUACAACUGAUGGACGUUCGCUUCAGAGGAGAGCGGAUUGCGUAUGAGGUCAGCAUGUCUGACGUGGCCGUUUUGUACUCUGGCGACGCUCCUGAAGGGAUCUUAAUCCAAUACGUUGACGCUGGCUUCUCCCUUGGCGCGCUCCAUUUCCCUGUAGUGAAAGGCUACGACUGCCCUGAUAACGCCGUGUACUUUAACAACACCUUCUUUGACAGUGUUUCCGGAGACGCCAAAACCCACGAGGACGCCCUGUGUCUCUUUGAGCACAACACGGCAUUGCCAGUCCGUCGGCAUCACUCCAUGAACUUCUUCCCUCUACAGCCGGACCUCGAGGACCCUUACUACUACCGCUUCAGCAUGGCCGGUACUGUGUUGGUUUUACGCGGCAUCGCCACUGUGUGGAACUAUGACUACGUUUUUGACUACGUUUUCCAUCCGAAUGGCGUCAUAGAAACCAAAGUCUCUUCGACUGGCUACAUUCAAGCGUUUACAACUCGCGACGAUUCCAAGUACGGCUUCUACAUUGACAGGGAUUUUGGCAUCACGGGGAACCUUCACCACCAUUUGUUCAACUUUAAAAUCGACUUCGAUAUCGGUGGCCAACGAAAUUUAUUUGAGACGUGGGAUUUGAAGCUUGAUGAGACCCAACGGAACGAACUGAUCCGCGGGCGAAAUGUGGCAAUGAAGCAAAGAUAUAUGGAAAGGAAUUUAAGAAGAACAGAGAGGGAAGCUCUGAUUGAUUACAAUUUUAACGAACCCAAGUAUUACGUGAUGUACAAUGAAAGAACAAACAACUCGAAUGGCUAUCCGCGUGGCUAUCGCAUUUACUCGCCCAACUUCUCCAAGAAGCUCUUCCCAGAUGGGUGGUACUUCGAAAACGGCGUGUCUUGGGCACGCCAUCAGCUCGUGGUCACGCGCUACAAAGAUGACGAGGACACGUCUGCCACCUUGUGGACCCAGGGCGACCCCUAUCGACCUGUCAGAAAGUUUUCCAAUUUUUACGAAGAUAACCAAGCAAUUGUGAAUGAAGAUUUGGUGGUCUGGGCCUGCAUCGGACUUCACCAUAUCCCGGUCGCGGAGGACGUCCCGGUGACAACCACUCCUGGCAAACAAUUGUCGGUCAUUCUUGCACCUCUAAAUUUCUUUGACGAAGACCCGUCCAUGACGUCACGCGAUGCUGUAGUGCACAGGUACCGCGACGAAAACUAA